UCCAAAAUGGGAAACGGGGUGUGCUCCCGGAGGCAGCGGAGGAUCUUCCAAUGUCUCCUGAUAGUCACGGUGGUCUGUGGCGUGAUGUACGGGGGCAUGUUAUCGUAUGAGACGCAGCAACAGCUCAAAAGGACGGAGGCAAUGGCACUGAAGUACCAGCAACACCAAGAGUCACUGUCGGCGCAGCUCCAAGUGGUGUACGAGCAUCGCUCCAGGUUGGAGAAGUCCCUGCAGAAAGAGAGGUUAGAGCACAAAAAGGCCAAAGAAGAUUUUCUGCUUUAUAAAGUUGAAGCACAACAGUCACUAAACAAAGAAAAGCAAGACUCCAGUGGCAAAUUCAACUCUUUACAAGUGCAGCAUCAGAUGUUAAAGAACCAGCAUGAAGACCUGAAGAAGCAGUAUUACGAGCUGCAUGAGCAGCACCAAGCGCAGCAAGAGGGCCAUAACCGGUUGCUGGAAGAACAUAAAGAUCGCUAUGAGAAACUACAGCAAGCCAAAGAGACGGAGCUCUCUCACCUCAAAGAGAAUGUCUAUAACCUGAGAGAGGAAAAUAAACAACUGAGGAAGUCCCACCAUGACAUUCAUAUACAACUACAGGAUGCACAGGUUCAGCAUCAGGACCUGAAGGCAGCCCACCAGCAUCUUGCACUGACACUGCAAGGCCACAAGAGUGCGCUGGCUGCAGCUCAGGUGCAGGUGGAAGAAUACAAGCAGCUGAAGGAGAGACUGAACAGAGCACCCAGUCUGAGACAGCCUGAGCAAAACCCCACCUCCCGGCAGCCACAGGUAAUUGCUACAGCACCCAAGUCCCAUGUCCAUGAAGCCCAGCGUUCUAUGAUGAUGCCACAGCCACAUAAAGAGGAGCAUGCCCAUGAAGAUCACCAGAACGCUGCGACCAUGGUGGAGGAGGUGCACGUGCAGUCCGAGAGCAAAUCCCACCACACCUUGUCAAAAAAAGACGAGGAUCAAGAGGGAGAGGCAGAGAGGAGGAGGGAGCUGGCCGAAGAGGAGAUGGCUCAAGCAGGACAGCCUCAGAAACUUGAGGAGGACCCGGAUCAAGCACAGGAUGAGCAACAGGAGGAGGGGGAGGGGACAGAACAGGAACGGCCAGACGAGAACGCCUUAGACCACCAGAGGCGUCAGUCACAGCUGGAUCCCCACGCGGAGCAGCAUCGGGAAGAGGCAAACGCCCACGUGGAGCAUGUGAAGUCAGCCUAUGAGCAGCAGCAGGAGCAGCAGCACCUGGAGGCUCAGAGGGCCGAGGAACGCAGGCAGCUCCAGAUGCGACAGGAGGCACUGCAGGCCCAGAGGGACAGGGUUCUGAAGGAGAGGGAGCAGAGGCUGAAGGAGGCGCAGGAGAGAGAGGAGCAGCAGCACAGGGAGGCAGACAGACGGGAGAAGCUGCUGAGAGAGGAACAGCAAAGGAAGAGGACUGAGUAUGAGAACAAUAACGUUGCCCAAGAAGGAGAGGACCAUCACAAUGUCAAUGAAGAGAGAGAUGCUCAUAUGUUGCAUGAAGAAGAGGAGAACCAAGGAGCGGCUCACAUCAUGCCACCACAUCAGCAGGGUGCUGUAGAUGCUGAGCUUGACCCCGAGGAUGACCCCAACAACCAGGGAGAGGACGAGUUUGAGGAGGACGAGCGGCUGCAGCACAGGGUUGCAGAAGAGGAAGAGGAGGUGGUGGUGGAGGAAGAGGAGCCAGCAGCACCAGCCCGCAACACAGGCGCACACCCAGGCCCCAAACAGCAUGUUGUAGAGGAGGAAUUGGUGAUGGCAGGAAAUCCAGAUCAACAGGAAGACACACUGGAUGACCAGUACCAGGAGGAAGCAGAGGAUGAGGCCCAGGAGGACAUAGCUGGUGGGCAGAAGAGAGAGGAGGUGGAGCAGGAAGGAGAGGAUCCAUAUAACGAGGAGAACACAGAGCAGGAUGAAGUAAAAAACCAGGAGGGACUCAGAAAAGUGGGGGAUCACAGAAAAGGUGUGGCGGCUAAUGAGGAAGAGAAUUAUGAGGAAGAAGAAGAGGGGGUAGAGGCUGAUACGGCUGGUCGAAACAAGGGGACCAAUCGGAGGGCAGAGAUGUAGGACGGACGCAGACAUUGAACAGUUACAGUGCCUUUUCAGCUGCCUGUAGAGCCUAUCAGGUUUUUCUUUCCCUCGUUUCCCAAAGGAAUAAUACCAGCCAUCCAUUCAGAACUCCAGGUAGGAAAAUCUUGGGAUAUUAUGCCUGGAAGAUGGAAUGCUCUUCCAAAUGUUGUGGUUGGAACUGAUCAGCUUACACUAUGGAAAUGGACCAAUUUUAUAGGAUGGAAAUGGGAUAUAUAUCAUGUUGUUGUUAUUUUUCUUCUGUUUAAAAUCAUGUGCUUUUCUGUCCACGUGUCUGCCUCAUUACCUGUAUGGUGGUGUUUUUUUUGUCUUUUUUUUUUUUUUUUUUUUUUAAAGAGCACACAUGCAGAGAAUAUAUUUUUAAUGUGCUGUCUUUGUGUAAAGAAAGCAAAAAUAAAUUGUUAUUCUAAUGGUGUCAUGUUCAGGCCUUUAUAUGUUUUAUGCAAACAGUUGCAUUCUUUGUUGAGCGCGAGUUCUGAUUUACACUACAUCUUGCCUUCUGAUCGAUCAAGUCCUUUUCUGUUAUUUAUUGUUAAAUAUAACAUCUCAGACAAUCAUUAAAAGGUACAACAUGUCUUUUUUGUUGAUUGAACAUUACCAACUUCUUGGAGUUGAUACAGAGGAGCUUUUUCACUGGAUGUCUCUGCAAAUGUCAAUCCAAAAGACAUUUCUGGUGAAGCCAUUCUGUGCCGGUAGUGUAACAUUGACAUGUGCCUCCAUUCUUGGAAACCUCUUAUACUUGUUAGUCAUUUUACAUUGCAGUAGGACAGGAGAGAUAAGAGUGUGCCAGUUAGUACUGAACCUCUCAACAUAUUGCUUCAGAAUAGUCUUAACAUUAAGGCUAGUUCAUGUUGCCUGCUGGUGUGAAUUUAAUAAAUUCUAACUGCAAUUUAAUGCAACGUAUUUAGUCUACUGGAUAGUAUAUAGCACAACAUAAGCUACCUAUUAUAUAUUGUUCCACAAGUUAUAUUUGAUAGAAAAGAGUUGGAUUUUGGUUUUAUUGAACCAUGUUUGUCACCUGAAUGGUGUAAAGAGGGAUUUCAUGUAAUUGUAAUUAUGUUCUCUAAUUCUGCUCUUUGACCUUUUGUGAAGACCCCAUUUAAAGUUCACAGUAGUCUCCAACAGAGCUGCUGGUGGUCACUCAAAACUUGCAAUUAAUAUUAGGACUGUGAACUGUCUGGAAUGUGACGGUACAUUAGGCUGUGUUGAAUGUUAGGACGGGGCGCCAUUUUUGGAAGUAUGCGCUGUAUUUACCUGCAUACAUUUUUGUUUUGUUUGGCUAGAACAAAGUUGCUUAAAUUGUUUAAUUCUGAAUUUACUAGACGGAUGACACCAGCACUACCGAUGAAUCUAUUUCUGUCCUGUCUGU